AUGGAAUCUAACAAAACGGCACAAGGCAAUGCAAAAGAAAAUCGACCUCGAAAGCGGAAUCCAAUGAACCUCACCGUCGACACUUCUAGAGCCACACUAGAAGCAGUACACAGUAACCUCGCUAUCGGCAAUCCCAGAUCCUUACCAGCAGGAGGACAAGAUAUCGACCCUUCCCGAUCUACACUGGAAGCGGUACAGACGCGAUUCCCGUUAUCAUCGCCUAUUACGCACGAAACCCCUAGUCCACAGGAUAGUGGCAAGACUGGAAACGUUGAGGCUAAAAUUCUGAAUGUGAAUGUUUUUGAUGGUGGUGCUGGUGCUGGUGCUGUUACCGAUCAGAAGAAAAAACCUUUGAAUUUGUCUUCGCAUUCGGCAUUGUCUAAAAGUGAGCUUGAGAGUGCUAUAUAUGCGAGAUUAUUGGAGCAGGCGAGAGAAUCUAGACACGAGAAGAGGCGGGAUAUGGCUACUACCAGUGCUGACAGAAAUGGGGCGAAGAAUGUGUUGAGGCCGCAGAGUAAGAGGAAGAGUGGUGGGAUUGUGAAGAGGUCUUAUCAACAGCAGCACCGACCGCCGGGGUUGCAGGUGUUGACUGAUUUUUCGAGGGAUGAUGAUGACGAGAAGGGCCAUUCAUUUCUGGAUUUGAGUGAUUUAAAAUCUAUCGCCAGGGCACGUGAAAAGGAACGCUCGGGAGAGGAUUACAGCUCCUCGCAAUCAUUACAAGAACCUCAAGCCAGGAUAUCUGAGUUAUCGCCAUCAGAUAGACCCAUCAUGAUUGGUUUGACAGUUCCAUACGAAUCGACACCCCGUGCAACCGCAGCAGCAACAACAGAUACGAUCGACAGCGCCUCAUCACGUACACCCGCCACCCCUUCAAUCAUGAUUACGCCCGCCCAAGAGAAUCCUCCCUGGAACAUGGAUGUGCAUAUGGAUAUGAGCACCAGUGCCGAAAUGCUACACAGACCACGCGUUGCAUCAAGCGUAUAUUCGCAACCGUCGCCGAGAAUGAUGUACGAUGAAAAUGCGCCGCCGGUACCUGCUAUCCCUGUUCUGCAUUCUGUGACUUCAUUACAUGAUAAUCUGCAUUCGCUUGGUACAGACUCCGAUGUUGAUGAGACCGCCUCAAAAGAGAAAGGAUCUUCUCGAAUGGAAGACACAAACACGAAGAAGAAUAUGAAGAAACUUCUCCAUAAAUUAAGUGUGAACACAUCGGAUGCAAACAGACCUGAUUCUCAGGGAUGGUGGACAUAUCUCCUCUCUCCAUUACUGAGUCGCUCGAAUACGGUUAGUAGUCGUCGGACAGGAUUCAGUCCAAAACAAGGGAAGUCCGCUCGUUCACCAUUAUCAGGCGUAUCGUCUCCUCCUCAACUGACCACUGCAACUGAAGGAAGGGAAGAAGAGAGUGAGCACUGGUGGGAUGAUACGAAAGAGGUCGUUGGACCAUCCGAGAAAUCUCAUUUUUCGCCUGAUACACCUGAAGAUUUAACCAGACACGCUCCCGUUGUCGGUGGUGGUGCAUGGGAUAUGCCGUUUUCAGAUACCCACACAACCAUAACCCCUCGAGCAAUACCAGACGACAAAACUGAAAAAACGCGAAGCGUCUUCCAAACCGGCAAUACAAUCGUGCCAAACUACGAGCUCCAAGGCGCCGCAGCAGAGUACUACCAAGCUAGUGCGCAUGAUUUGUACCACAGAGACGAGCCGUAUUUCGAAUGUAUCAAUCACACCUGCUCAAUGACAUCGGCGAAAAGAAGAGCUAAGAUUGAGGAGGAACAGAGACGAUUAGAGGAAGAAGCCGCUGCUGCUGCUGCUGAAAGCGAGAAGAGAGGAGGGUUGGCGGUGUUUGUGUUUGAUCCCUCCAGGGAUCCGGAUAAUCCGUUUAUUGCGUUUUUGGAGAAACGGGUUAGUGGUGCUGAUGUGAAGGAGGUUGAGGUUCGUGAUGCAGGCUCGGAGAAAGAAGGUGAAGAAGAUGGAGAGGGGAGAGAGGUCGGUGAGGAGAUGGAAAAGUCCGGAUUGAGUAAUGCGAGGCAGUUGCUAUCUUUUGAUAGUAGUGAUGAGGAGGAGGGAGAUAAGGAUCUUGCCGGGAAAGAUCAUACAGCGUCACGAAGUCUACAUGGAUCGCCUGAGAUGGUGCCCACGUCAAGAGCUGCGCCGUUGGUUUCAUCGCCUGUGCCCACUCCGUAUGAUCCGAGUGUAUCUGUGUCGCCGCCAGCUAGUUAUUCGAAGGAGAUGAAUUCGCCAGCCCCUGUGGCUGCACCUGCACCAGUCAUUUCAAUUCAAGCUCCGGUGAACCAUCUAGAACCAACUCCACCAGCUCCUGCACCAGUGCAAAUGCCAAUGAUGCCACCACCUCAACCUCGCAACUUUUCUCCAGAACCAGUACCAAUGCCGCCCAUGCCGCAACCCCAACCACGGGCAAUCUCACUCGAACCUUUUCCAAUGCCAAUGUCUCCCGCACCAGCUUCUCACCGACCUGUUCCUAUGCCAAUGCCAGCGUCGCGAUCACCGCCAGUAAAUGAGCGUGCACCUGUUGCAACGCACUCGCCGCCAGUACGUCCUCCUUCCAAUGAUACAGCUCGCGGUCGCGCAAUACCGAGUGGUUAUCAAUGGGAGCCUGUCCCGAUCCCUCGUGCAAUAUCUCCACCAAGAUCGACAAGAGCUGCUUCGUUUAUGCAACCACCAGCAGUCUUAGUGUCCCAGUCGAGAGAAGUUGAAGAGUCCACUCUCCGUCAACAGCAAGGCGUAAGGGGAGAUACCGAACCAGCGCAAACCCUUCGACCAGUACCAUCCUUCCAUCGACCAGGCCCGUUCUCUGCAUCCAGAUCGGCUACUCCAACACCUGCCUCUGGUCAACCGCAGCCCGGUUUACUUCAUACCGCCGAUGGAUCAGAAUCAGAGACUGAAUUACCACCUUAUUCUGCUGCAGAUCGUGCCAGCAGAAAUGCCCCUCGGCCUCAAACUCUUCUACCUACAUACAGUGCAAGAAGUCAAUCUGAACGAGGUGACCAACAAUCAGUUGGACCGGCGCCGGUCUCACCUGGUCUGCAACAGGCAAUGACUAGCCGUGGCGGUAUACCCAUGUCUGAUGUCGAUCAACGCGGCAUUCGGGACAUGAAUCGCAAUGGCACAAGCUCCAUAUCUCGAACAGAUGAUUCCAGAACUGUCAUCAACGUUAACCACUACUACAACAGUGAACACCCCCACAACGCACCCGAACCGCCACGUCCAGGAAAACAAUUCAUAGAAGCUGAUCUACAAGCUCGCGACAAUAAAAAAGACGAGGAACAAGAAGGAUUAGUCAAAAAAUUCGGUGAUUUCUGGCGCAAACAUUUCCCUGUAUUUGCCUGCCUCGGUCGAAGUGGUUUUGAACGGAAAAUGCACCGUCGAUGGUACGCCGCUAUCAUUGCAUUUUGCAUGCUUGUCAUUAUCCUCUCUAUCUCACUUGCUACCACUCUCACACACAAAGGUGAUACUACACCUGUUGAAUCAGGGUGGUUGAAUAUAACUGGCUUCCCACCUAUCCCUACGGGCAUCAUGACAGUUGCCGGACCAGCACCAGCCGUUGAACGGAGUAGUUGUAUUGCGCCGACGCAAGCUUGGAGUUGUGCUUUACCACCGGAACAACAAGCCACUCAGGCGGGUGGGUAUGCGCCUGAUUCUCCAAAUUUUAGGAUUGAAAUUCGGUUUCGGAAUGAUUCUUCUUUCUUUGCCAACAGUACUAGUAAUUCAACCUCGUCAAGGAGAUCGUUGGUCAUGUUUGAUCGGAAAGGUACAUGGGAUGCGUCACCAGCUGUGCCGAGAUUGGAAGAUCAAAUAUUCCUGGGAAAUACGACUGAUAAUAUCACGAUGCCGUUCCAGGGUGAAGACACGCCGUUUUAUAUUACAUUUCAGUCACCGUUUGAUGUCACCAAUACUACUGCCAAAGGGUUUAAGCGUGAUGUUGCUUCUUCUGCCACUGAAAUUGGGACUGCAGCUCCGACAACUGCUACUACUGCCACGCAUGUCAGUGCUACAGGUACGGGUACUGCUAGCAGCACUGGAACAAGUACCGGCACCAAGACACAAGCCACAAGUACAGCUACCAGUGGGCCCUCCGAUUUCAACGUGAACAGUAUCAUUCCAGCGCCUGAUCUAGCAUCAGACGGUACCGCGGCAGCAGCAACAUUGUAUCCACUACCAGUCCAACAGCCGAUCAAACUGUACAAUCGUGGUCUCCCGACCGAGCAUUACGGGUUCUUCACCUAUUUUGACAAGAGUAUAUUCCUGGCCUCGGACGCGACAAUUACAGGCGGCACGACCGACACAGACUCAAGGGAUACAAACGGCGGAAGUGCAGAGACAGAAGCAAGUGCGCGAUGUACAUGGUCACAGACACGAUUUCUAGUACAGAUAUGGACCCAACCCCAAAACUUGACACAUAUGAGUCUCACAGCUUCGUCUUCCAAUACUACAUCAGCCCCAUCACCAACCUCUUCCCCCAAAAGUCCAUCUUCUACUGCCGGCUCCUCCUCCGCAAACAACUUCACAUCCCCCGGCUCAUUCCCCUACCCCAUAACAAUCACAAUAGACCGACACGGCGGCCUCGCUACCCAAAAACUAGCAUACUGCUACGGUAUCGAACAACACACCUCCUCACCGACCUCCAACACAGUCACGGGGACAUACUACAACCUGACAAACCCGAAACUCCAAGCCGAGCAGAGAGAAUCAGGAGGCACCAUAGUUCAACCUUCACCGGAUUAUUUCGUUUUGGCAGAGGCGAUUGCGCAGGGUGUUACGGCGGAUCAAGUUGCACCUGUUGAUGGUGGGAAUGGGGGUUGUAUGUGCCAGUGGAGGAAUUGGAUUGAGAUUCAUUGAUUCAUGGGCAUUUUUCAUGGAUGAUUGGCUCUUUCAUUUGUAAUUUGCGUCUAUUUCCUUUGUUUCGCAGUGAGGAUGCAUCAUAUUGGCGUGGUGCUGAUUUUGCUUUCAGAAUUGCAUUAAUAU